CACCAGUCCGCCACAGCAGUGACGCCUCUAUCUCCUCGCACACCACAGCAGAGACAGGAGCGCUCUUCCCCCUCGAUCCUUCCCUUUCUUCUAGAACCUUCCGCGGCCCUCCGUCGCAGCACAGCGCUUCCUCCUGCUCAUCCCACCCCGAGAUGGCGACCAUGGAGAACGUGAUCGUGCUCGUCAACCGCAUUCAGCGCGCCUGCACCGUCCUCGGUGACCACGGCGGCGGGGACGGCGCCGCCUCCCUCCCCACCCUGUGGGAAGCGCUCCCGUCCGUCGCUGUCGUUGGUGGCCAGAGUUCGGGGAAAUCAUCGGUGCUGGAGAGCAUCGUGGGGCGAGACUUCCUGCCCCGAGGAUCAGGGAUCGUGACGCGGAGGCCGCUGGUGCUGCAGCUUCACAAGACACAGGAUGGGGCGCAAGAGUACGCCGAGUUCCUGCACCUGCCCAAACGCCGGUUCACUGAUUUCUCUCUUGUGCGGAAGGAAAUUGAAGAUGAGACUGACAGGUUGACAGGAAAGACAAAGCAGAUAUCUCCUGUUCCAAUUCACCUCAGCAUAUAUUCUCCACAUGUGGUCAACUUGACAUUGAUUGAUCUGCCGGGUCUAACAAAAGUUGCUAUAGAGGGGCAGCCUGAAAGCAUUGUCCAGGAUAUAGAAAAUAUGGUGCGCUCAUAUGUUGACAAGCCGAAUUGUAUUAUACUGGCUAUAUCUCCUGCCAACCAAGAUAUAGCAACAUCGGAUGCCAUCAAGCUUGCUCGGGAUGUUGAUCCAACUGGUGAAAGGACAUUUGGCGUGUUGACUAAGCUUGAUUUGAUGGACAAGGGAACAAAUGCACUUGAUGUUCUUGAAGGAAGAGCUUACAGACUGCAGCAUCCCUGGGUUGGAAUUGUUAACCGUUCACAAGCAGAUAUUAACAGGAAUGUUGACAUGAUUAUUGCUAGGAGAAAAGAGCAAGAGUUUUUUGCUUCUAGCCCUGACUAUGCACAUCUAGCCAGCAGGAUGGGUUCAGAAUAUCUUGCUAAACUUCUUUCACAGCAAUUAGAGGCUGUGAUCAGAGCACGCAUUCCAAGCAUAACAUCUUUGAUAAACAAAACAAUUGACGAGCUUGAAUCCGAGAUGGAUCAUCUUGGUAGACCUAUUGCCUCUGAUGCUGGGGCUCAAUUGUACCUCAUCUUGGAGCUUUGCCGUGCAUUUGACAAAAUAUUUAAGGAACAUCUUGAUGGAGGACGACCUGGUGGUGAUCGAAUUUAUGGGGUUUUCGAUAAUCAACUCCCUUCUGCUCUGCAAAAGCUUCCAUUUGACCGUCACCUCUCUGUGCAAAAUGUUAAACGGGUUGUAUCACAAGCAGACGGUUAUCAGCCUCAUUUAAUUGCUCCUGAGCAAGGGUACCGUCGGCUGAUUGAAUCUGCUCUCAAUUAUUUUAGAGGACCAGCUGAAGCUUCUGUAGAUGCUGUGCAUUUUGUUUUGAAAGAGUUGGUGAGGAUAUCCAUUGGGGAGACUCAGGAAUUGAAAAGAUUUCCAACUCUUCAAGCGGAGCUUGCUGCUGCAUGCUAUGAGGCCCUUGAGAGAUUCCGUGAAGAUGGCCGGAAAACUACUCUACGGUUGGUUGAUAUGGAGUCAGCAUAUUUGACGGUGGAGUUCUUCCGCAAGCUUCCACAGGAAAUUGAAAAGACUGGAACUGGAAAUCCUAGAGCUGCAAACCCUCCCCCUCCUUCAGAUGAUCGUUACACUGAUGCACACUUCAGGAGGAUUGCUUCUAAUGUGUCCUCAUACAUUGGCAUGGUAUCUGAAACGCUGAAGACUACUAUCCCCAAGUCUGUUGUUCACUGUCAAGUCCGUGAAGCCAAGCGGUCCCUGCUUAACCAUUUCUAUACUCAAGUGGGCAGUAAAGAUGCUAAGCAGCUUGCAGUACUCCUUGAUGAGGAUCCGGCCCUCAUGGAGCGCAGGCUGCAGUGCUUCAAAAGGCUUGAGCUGUACAAGUCUGCACGUGAUGAGAUUGAUGCCGUGGCAUGGACACGAUGAAAGGUAACAUUUGACAUGCUCGUUAGUCACCUUCCUAAUUAUUAGAUGUGUUGUGAUACGAAAAAUGCAGAAUUAACUGCCAGCUAUUCUGCACUUUGUUGUGAAAUCUUAGUAAACUUAUAACUUGUCUUGUAUAUUAAUUAGCCUGUUAAUAUCAGUUGUGUGCUUGUGUCAUAUCUAGUAUGUCUCAGCUCUCAACCAUGCUUAGGAAGUUAGAACACAAAUCUGAUAGUCUUUGGUAACCCAUGUGCAGACUUGUAUGCACGAAUGGGAAUGAAGUUUGUCUGUAAAAUCUUGAUUCUGUAGGAUGCACAUGUUGAUUCUUACCCCCCUAGUCUUUCCAUUAA